AUGUCGCUCAAAUCUAUCAUGGAGACCGUUCUAGUCAUCGGAGCCACUGGAAAUAUCGGCGUCUCAGCCGUCACCGCUGCCUUGUGCUCCAAGCGCAACGUUUUGGCCGUUGUCCGCAACCAAGCCUCAGCGGACAAACUCGUGAAGUACAUUGGGUCAUCGAAUGGAAUCACCUUCGUCGAAGCCAAUGUUCUCUCGGACUCAGGGAUAAAGGGUGUUGUUGAUAAAGUCCGAGAGGGCAAGCUGCCGGGUUUCCAGCAUGUGUUUUCCAGCGUUGGCGGCGAAUACACUACAACUCCCCUCCAGGAGAUCACCACCACCCAGCUACGCAGGAAUUUUAACGUCUCCUUUGAAGCCAAUUUCUUCGCCUAUCGGGAUACCAUCGGCUAUCUGCUGGAACAAAAUAAUCCUGCCAGCACAUGGACGAUUUGCACCGGGGCGCAGGGCGACUUGGCAAUUCGCCCGAUGCCGGCCAUGACGCAAGGUGCCUUGUUCUCCAUGACCACGGCCGCCGCCCGUGAGAACGUGUCCACGAACGUCCGUUUCAACGAAAUAUACCUUGCGUUUCGUGUCGAGGUGGAUGAACUCGCGGUCCAGCAUGGGGUGACGAAAUCAUCGGACUUUGGGAAUGUGUACGAGUUGAUCCUAGCCAAUCCCGAAGUGCGCAGUUCACGCAUCCGGGUCGACGAUCUUGACGAUCUCGAGAAGUUGAAGUACCAGAAGAAGUUCUAG